AUGUUCCUUCGAGCAGCACGCACUUGUCUUAGAUCCCAACCCUUUCUCUUCAGAAACCCCAUGGCUCAACAGCUGAUCCUCAAUUUUUUCGGCGGCCAAGCAAAGCCGAGCCCGAAACGGGCAAGCGCUUCUAAAAGCGAACAGCCUUCCAAGCUCCAAAAGGGAGUGAAUGGUGCGAAAGAUGUGAAUACUCCAGUUGCAACCGAGACUGGAACCAAAGAAACUGAAGUGGUCAGCAGUGAGAAGUUGAACGAUACUCGCGAUGAAAAAACGUCUGUUCUCAAAUCGGACGGUGAGGAAUUAGCCGGCGCGCCUGCCAUCACCGAAGAAGAUGCUUCAAAGCUCAUUAAACUCUCCGAAAAGGAACAUAAGCACCAAGAACCGUUGCCUGCGUCAAGCAAGAUUCCCUAUGCCAGACUCACAGAUGUUCUUGAACGCAUUGAACAGGAACCGGGCCGGUUGAAGAUGACUGCGAUGGUUUCUGAGUUCUUCCUAGAGGUCUUGGAACAGUUCCCUGGGCCAGAGAAAAUUACCCAUGUAGUGUACUUAUUCAUCAAUAGACUCGGGCCGGACUACGAGCCCGAUUUGGAGCUAGGCUUGGGUGAAACUCUUCUCAUCAAAGCCAUCAGUGAAUGUUACGGUAGAGGUGUAUCUAAGAUCAAGGAAGACUACAAGGAGGUUGGAGACUUGGGCUUGGUGGCCCAAAAGUCUCGUUCGGCGCAGCCUACGAUGUUCAAGCCUGCUCCAUUAGAUGUUGAUCUCGUAUUUGAGAAUUUGACCAAAAUUGCCAGAGCCACAGGAAAGGAUUCCCAGGCUCGUAAAAUCGGCAUCAUCAAACAGAUGCUCACUUCCUGCAACCUCAAAAGUAACGAGGCAAAGUUCUUGAUUCGUUCUUUGGAGGGAAAGCUACGUAUUGGGUUGGCUGAGAAAACUGUCCUAGUCGGCUUGGCUCAGGCAUUAUUGAACUUCGAAAACAAAUCCUCCAAGCGCAUUCUGCCUGAAACUUUGAGCAAAACAGAGGACAUCAUGCGUGAAGCUUUCUCCUUGAUCCCAAACUACGAAAUUAUCAUCAAAUCGGCCUUGACGUAUGGCGUAGCUAAUUUAUUGGAGCACUGUCAUUUGACUCCAGGUGUGCCCUUGAAGCCAAUGUUGGCAAAGCCAACAAAGUCUAUUGGAGAGGUUCUUGAUAGAUUUCAAGGCGAAGAAUUUACCUGUGAAUACAAAUAUGACGGUGAGCGUGCACAAGUGCAUCUUUUGGAGUCGGGAGAGGUCAGAGUUUACUCUCGUAAUUCAGAAGAUAUGUCAGAGCGCUAUCCUGAUCUCUUGUCAAUUGUGAAAGAUUUUGUCAGAGUCACUGAUGAGACAAAAGACAAGCCCAAGUCUAUGAUUUUGGAUUGUGAGGCUGUGGCCUGGGAUAGAGAGGCCAAAAAGAUUCUUCCAUUCCAGGUUCUUUCAACUAGAAAACGGAAAGAUGUUAAUGAAAAGGACAUCAAAGUCCAUAUUUGCCUCUUUGCUUUCGAUGUUCUUUGUUACAAUGGCGAAUCCUUCAUUACGCGCUCAUUCGGCGAAAGAAGAAAGUGUUUGAUGGAAAACUUUACUCCCAUGGAAGGCAAAUUCCAAUACGCCACAUCUAAGGAUUCCUCCGAUCUCAACGAAUUGCAAGCAUUUCUUGAUCAGUCUGUGAAGGAUUCUUGCGAGGGCUUGAUGGUCAAGAUGCUUCAUGGCCCAGAAUCUUUCUACGAGCCAUCGAAGCGUUCCCGGAACUGGUUGAAAUUGAAGAAGGAUUAUUUGGCCGGAGUGGGAGACUCUCUUGAUUUGGUCGUGGUUGGUGCUUACGUUGGCAAGGGUAAAAGAACAGGUUCCUACGGUGGGUUCCUCUUGGCUGCGUACAACGAUGACACUGGUGAAUAUGAGACUACUUGCAAAAUUGGAACUGGUUUCUCGGACGAAGAUUUGGUACUGCUAUAUAACAAACUCAAACCAAGUGAGAUUGCGCAGCCAAAACCAUUUUACGUCUACGACACCAAAAACUCAAACUCUGCUCCUGAUGUUUGGCUUGAACCAACUACCGUGUUUGAGAUUUUGAUUGCCGAUCUUUCUUUGAGUCCAAUUUACAAGGCCGCUCAUUCAGAGUACGGUAAAGGUGUAUCUCUUCGAUUCCCAAGGUUCAUAAGAACAAGGGAAGAUAAAGGAAUCGAGGAUGCCACAACAUCAACACAAAUCUCGGAGUUUUACGAAAGGCAGGCAAAUGUUACCAAGUAG